AUGGCGAAACAAUUAUUAAGUAUUAGGGGCAAGCUCACGCGCAAGUGCGAGGUUUUUGAUUUUUUCCCUUACCAUCAUGACAUUUUGAGGACCGCAUCUCCAUCGGCGGCUGUUUCUAACCGAACGGUGGCGUUACGAUCGGCUCGUCAGCCGCGUCUCUCUUACUCCUCCUUCGCUCCGUCAUCCGAGCACGAUCACCCGAAGAACCUGAAAUCCGAUGCUACCGAGGAGAAUCCGCCGCAGAGAGAGGAGGACAAAGAAGCAGAGGAGGAGAAGAGGACUUGGAAUCUGCGGCCGAGGAAGGCUUGCGUCGGAGGAGCUUCGGAGGUUAAGAAUCAGAAACCAAGCAGAGUGACGGAGCCGCCGCCGAAAUCAAGCAGACAGAGGGGAAUCGCGGCGGAAUCUCCCGGCGUUGAGGUUAAAAACGAGAACCACAGGCUCUGGGUCGCUCUCUCUCGAGACGAGAUUGAAGAAGACGUGUUCAGUAUGAGCGGGAACAAGCCAUCUCGCAGACCACGAAAGAGGGCCAAGACAUUGCAGAAACAUCUCGAUGUUAUGUUCCCUGGGCUGUGUCUUGUGGGGAUGAAUGCUGAUUGCUUCAUAGUAUCCACUUCUCCGGCUAAGUGAUGGUCAGGCCUAUACACCUACUGGAAAAUGAGCAUUUCUGGUGAAGAAAUAAGGGUAGAUAGGUAUGCCGGUGAGUCACAACAGUAAAAGAUAGGAAGACGAAAUAUCAGCUGAGACAUGUUCUUGUCUCAUUAUCAAACUUAAUAGGAACAAAGUUACAAGUGAAUAUGGGGAAGUUCAUAUAAUAUAGUCUAUCUAUAUUUAUAAACAGAGAGACAGAUGGGGGUUUGCUCAAAAAAAAAAAAAAAAAGAGAGAUGGGGGUUUGAUUUUGAGUUAUUGAUGAUGAAAUGCAGAAUGAUGAUGAUUUGAAGUUAAAUAUAAUGGCAGCAGAGUACAUAUAUAUGAUAAGAAUGGUUUUGUCAAACCAUAA